GAGAGUCGAAAUAUUGAAGAUAGACAUAUUAGAAAAAUCCAAAACAAAUGUGGACCUUAGAAUACAAAGCAUUGUCUCUUUCAGUUUAAGAUCGAAAGUCAUUGAAGCCUUUGCAAGUAACCGUCAAAAAUGUAAGUAAACAUCAUAAAAUGUUGCUAAGAUUUUGAUGUGUUUUUUUCCACAACCGCAUCCACCCCUAUUUAUAUGUUAACAUGGAAAAUAACCCAUAUUGUAGCUGCCCGCACAAAACAAGAUGUGGGCUCAUAUGGACUACGAAGUCCUGCAACAUCUGAGCAGCUGCUUUUUAUAAUGAAACUACACUUUUUCAUUCUUUAUAAUAUUACAAAUAUGACACAAUUGUGAAUAUAUAGGCAAUUUAUUACAGCUACGCGUUGAGAAGUUUGUCAUAUGAAAUGAGACUGAUUAGUGUAUCCAUAUGAAGGAAAAGUUUUGAAUUGUAUAUUUGUAUGUCAAAUCAGAUUUUUUUGAUCAUCAUACAUUUUAUAAGGAUCAUUAGGUUACUGAAACUAUUGAAACUUUCAACCCUCAAAAAGUGUUGGACUGUUCCUUUAAGGGGGUUUGUAGUGGUGAAUGGGGUGUCGGUUUACAUCUCAAACUCCUCCUUCAUUCUGACGAGGGUGUUCCUUCCUUCUUCCAGCCCAGAACGCUUCUAUCAUCCUGGGAUACAAAUGUUUCUUUAUCCGCACUCGCAGUCCAUCAUCGGAGCUCAAUUGUAGAUUUAUAAAAAUACGGCGAGAAAGUUUGCUCGCCUGUAAUCAAAUCAUGGGACUGACACGCCGUUACGCUUGACACGGAGACAUUUCAGCGUGUGGACGAGAAACUCUGAAGUAACAGGACGGACUGAAACUUUUUUCACCGUUGUUUUUCUCAACUUUUCGGUGCGCGACUUUCCGUCCCUCUCAGGACUAAUAGACGACUCCCAGCGCACGAAUGGAUACCAAAUGAUGCACGUGGACUGCUUUUGAUGUUUAUUUCAGCGUGGUUUAGUAGGAAGAGCGCAGCGCGCGCACACGGAGCGCAAAAACUCCCAAUCUGAUCAACCCACAGGCUUUCUGAUCUGAUCCGAUCAUGGGAAAACUGGGAUCGCCGUGUUCCUUCUAACGUCGGCGCGGUCACGUUUUUGAGAUUUGGGGUUAGUGCGGAUUACAGAAGAAAGUUUCCUGCGUUUGUUUUCGAGCAGAAUUCGGAGUUUUUCUUUGCCACCGACAUGCCUCAGUUAAACGGGGGAGGUGGCGAUGACCUGGGUGCAAACGAUGAACUUAUAUCCUUCAAAGACGAAGGCGAGCAGGAGGAGAAAAUAUCCGAGAACGUGUCGUCGGAGAGAGAUCUAGACGACGUGAAAUCUUCUCUGGUAAACGAGUCCGAAAACAACAGCAGCUCAUCUGACUCCGAACAAACAGACAGGCGUCCCCAACCCAGACUCGACCUAGAAAGUUACGAGAAACAGAGAGAAUACUUUGCGGAAGCUCUGCGACGACAGCAAGAUGGAGGAUUUUUCAAGGGACCCCCCUACGCUGGCUAUCCGUUCAUCGUGUUCCCGGAUCUCACGAGUCCAUACCUCUCCAACGGGUCUCUGUCUCCCAGCGCACGGACGUAUCUACCAAUGAAAUGGCCUUUGCUUGACGUUCCUGGGACGGCGGCCCUCAAAGACUCCAGAUCACCCACACCAGGGCACUUAUCUAACAAGGUGCCGGUGGUUCAACAUCCUCAUCACGUCCACCCGCUCACGCCUCUGAUCACCUACAGCAAUGAACACUUCUCUCCCGGGACGCCCCCGUCUCACCUAUCGCCGGAUAUUCUCGACCCAAAGACAGGUAUACCAAGGACCCCUCACCCAUCAGAGCUGUCUCCGUAUUACCCUCUGUCUCCCGGGGCAGUUGGGCAGAUCCCUCACCCUCUAGGAUGGCUGGUCCCUCAGCAAAGCCAGCACAUGUACUCCAUCCCUCCCGGGGGCUUUAGGCAUCCCUACCCCGCGCUGGCCAUGAACCCCUCCAUGUCUAGUCUGGUAUCCAGUCGUUUUUCUCCUCACAUGGUGCCUCAUCCACCUCACAGCCUGCACCAGACGGGCAUCCCUCACCCUGCCAUUGUGUCUCCUGCCAUCAAACAGGAGCCCGGUGGCGACAAUGCCAGCAACCCGACACACGGGAAAUCCUCAGUGCCUGCGAAGAAAGAGGAGGAGAGGAAGCCUCACAUCAAGAAACCUCUCAACGCCUUCAUGCUGUAUAUGAAGGAGAUGAGGGCCAAAGUGGUCGCUGAAUGCACCCUGAAAGAAAGCGCCGCAAUAAACCAGAUCCUGGGCAGAAGGUGGCAUUCGCUUUCACGCGAGGAACAGGCUAAGUACUACGACCUGGCCAGGAAAGAACGGCAGUUGCACUCUCAGCUUUAUCCCGGCUGGUCUGCGCGGGAUAACUACGGAAAGAGGAAGAAGAGGAAAAGAGAAAAUAAACCCGACUCCGCACCAGAGAGUUUCUCGCCCCAGCACAAGAAGCAGUGCAUGUCUUACCUGCCGUCAGAGAAAAUGUGCGACAGCCCUACCUCCUCUCACGGCAGCAUGCUGGAUUCGCCCGCCACGCCCUCCGCCGCCCUGGCGUCUCCGGCGGCCCCUGCCGCCACUCACUCGGAGCAGGCUCAGCCCCUGUCUCUCACCACCAAACCGGAGGGACGAGCGCACCACCCGCACUUCCCCCUGCCAGGGAGAGCCUCGGGUUCAAGUUCCUCUGCCUCCACCCCGUCUCCUUCCUCUCAUCCCAGCAUCUCUCUCCACAGCCAAUCGGCAGCCCUCCUCUCUCGCCCCAUCCCCUUCACCAGCCUGCCCCCGUCUCUGCUCUCCCCGUCCUCGCCUUUCCACCAAGCAGCUCUACAUUCCCAUCAUGCCUUGCUGCAGACACAACCUCUCUCCCUGGUCACCAAACCAGUGGAGUGAAUGGAAAACCAAUGUCAAGGAGAAACUUUUUACAGCUGUAUAAUGCCUUUUUUUACCUUUUUAUAGAUAUUAGACCACGUUUUUACGAUAGAAUGAAAAGGAGUAAUUAUUGGUCAAUAUUUGACCACCCCUCUAUUUUGCUUCGUCUCUUUGAAACAAAAAUGUAUUUUUUGUAAAUUGCCUUACGGUUGCCUUUUCCGACGUGAUUCUCCAAUGUUGCUACUUGUAUAAAAGACAUAUGUAUAAAGGUUUCUUUUCCUUUUUUCUUAAAGACGAACUCGACAAAAUGCAAUUUGUAGUUAAAGUUCAAUUCAAUCUAACGGUAGUUAGGAGUUUGAUUUUCAUUACUUCUUUCUUUUUUUGUCCUUUCAUUUGGUAUCACCUCACCCUUUUCCUAACCCUGCGUGUGUGACUCUCCUAAGACUCCAUAGCUAAUAAACCUCAAGUUAUUUCUAAAGGCUCUCUUGUGUUUUUGGGGGGUUGAAGACUCCGCAUGUGAUCGCUGGCUGAAUAACGCAACACAUACUCCAAACAGGCCCAGUAUCAGAGGAGCUAACAGUGUUCCUUUAUCAAGUUGAAAGUCAUGAAGUGCCAGCUAUAUAAAGCUCAUGGUUUUGCAGGAACUAAAUGAUAUAACCAUUGUUUUAGAAUCCUGAACGUUAUGUUUUUGAUAUCUCCGCGGUUAAUUCUGUCAGUUUUGUCUCUAGUUUAUAACGUUGUGGUCUCUGAUAGUUUUGAUAGUUCAAGUGAAGUAGAAAGAUUGCAAACUCACUUUGUUUACAAAUGUCCCCCCCAACGCAAAAUAUAAAAUCUGUGUAUGAAAAUAAUUUCAACACGUUUACAACACAAUUAUUCGUGUUUUGACGUAAUGCCAUUGUUUGUAAAGAAGAGGCUUGAAAAGUGUCCUCUGAGAUCUCAUUAUCAAUGACCAAAAGCCAUGGUUACUGCCUCUGGGAUGCCAAUAGCUAGGUCUGUUUGAUUCCAGAAUUUUUGGGAUCGAUUCCAAUUCCUAGUUUUGGAAUCGAAAGAAUUGAUUCCAAGAAUCGAUUCCUAGCUGACGUUUUCGAUUCCCAUUUGAUUCCCGGUUUUACUACAGAUUUGAAGAAAUUUACAUAUUUUUCAUGCAAUACAAAUAUCUAAGUAUUUAUAACGACUACUGUGAGUAUGUUGUAAGUGUUAAUGACAGGCAAAUCUCUAGAGACCUGAAAGACCUUUUUCUCUCUUUACUUUCUAAUAUACUCACGUUUUAUUGUUGCUACUUUUUCUCGUCUUCCCAUUUAAUGUUAAAUGCAAGUAUGCUAUAGUGCCAACAGGUGUUGAAAUAAUGCUGUCUAUCUUUAUAAAGUCAGAACUAUUUUUGAAAAGUAACUGAUGUGACUGAGUUGACAAAUGAAACCAGCUAAGGGGCGGGGCUUGUGCUUAUGAAUGCUCUUAAAGAGGAGUCGAUUCCAUUAACCUUUGGAAUCGACACUCGAUUCCCAACGCCUUGCCAUCGAGGAAUCGAUUCUUUUCGGAACCGAUAUCUACCCCUACCAAUAGCUGCCAGCAAGAAACAAUUAGGUCUCACUGGGAAGAUAAAGUGACCCAACUGGACACCUUAAACAUAUGAGCCCUACAGAGAGAUGUGUAGUUCAUCACUAGUAGUCACAAACAAAUUUCUACGUUCAAGUGUUCUCAGGAUCAAGUUGAAAAAUAAAGGGGCUUAAAGGGUUCCUUGCCGCGUAGAAGAACCUUUUAGUCUAAUGUUCUUAAAGAACCAUUUCUGUAUUCAAUUUCUAUAGUCUGUUGGUUCUUUUCGUUCAAAAGACAUUCUGGGGAUGUUUGUAGCGUCACUAGUUUUGCUCAUUCAUUCGCAAGGAAACUGCUUGAAGGCCCAAAGCAAUGGACGUGUUAUUUGGAGAUGACCGGGACAGUCCAUUUGAGGUCAGGCUGGAAAGUGACACAUUCCAGCCUGAAGUAACGUCUUGCAGGAACAAUGAAGAUGCCAAGAAUGGAUUUGAGGAGCGUUGAGAAAAAAGCUGUGAUGUUUUGUGUAAUAAAACCAUGGAU